AUGAAUUCUGAUUCGAGCUCUGUCUCCAGCAGAGCUUCGUCUCCGGAUAUGGACGAGAUGUACCUGAGGGACCAUCACCACCGCCACCAUCACCACCAGGAAAGCCGGCUCAACUCGGUCUCGUCCACGCAGGGCGACCUGGUGCAGAAGAUGCCGGGGGAGAGCCUAGCGCGCGCCGGCGCCAAGGCCGCAGGAGAGAGCAGCAAAUAUAAGAUCAAAAAGCAGCUGUCGGAACAGGAUCUCCAGCAGUUGCGGUUGAAGAUCAACGGUCGGGAGCGCAAGCGGAUGCAUGACCUGAACCUCGCCAUGGACGGGCUGCGCGAGGUCAUGCCCUACGCACACGGGCCCUCGGUGCGCAAGCUCUCUAAGAUCGCCACUCUUCUGUUAGCCAGAAACUACAUCCUCAUGCUCACCAGCUCCUUGGAGGAGAUGAAGAGGUUGGUGGGCGAGAUCUAUGGGGGCCACCACUCGGCCUUCCACUGCGGGACCGUAGGCCAUUCUGCUGGCCACCCAGCGCACACGGCCAACGCCGUGCACCCUGUGCAUCCCAUCUUGGGCGGCGCGCUCUCAUCUGGCAAUGCAUCCUCGCCGCUGUCCGCUGCCUCGCUGCCCGCCAUCGGCACCAUUCGGCCUCCACACUCCCUGCUCAAGGCACCCUCCACGCCGCCCGCGCUGCAGCUGGGCAGCGGUUUCCAACACUGGGCCGGCCUCCCCUGUCCCUGCACCAUCUGCCAGAUGCCACCACCACCGCACCUGUCCGCUCUGUCCACCGCCAACAUGGCCCGGCUGUCGGCUGAGUCCAAGGACUUGCUCAAGUGA